CGUGCGUACGUUAGGGCCACGCCCACCGCACCGGUUGCCACGUCUGUGAGGAGACGUUGAGGGCGCAGCGUGUGAGGGUUUCCAGAGCCCCCUUCUGUUUUGAGACUCACGCGCUGCAGGUGACACUGAGAGCCCUUAUAGCCAGCACCCUCUGGACUUUCACUGGACAUCUUAACAGAACAGCUGCUGCAGCCAUGAUGCCUGUUGCAACUGUGAUGCCUGAGAACACACCGAUGUUUGACCCAACUAUUCUGCAUGAACUGGACUGGAGUGAGAACAAGACAAUGUUUUCUCCUGCUAUUUCUCCUUUGGAUCCAGGAGAUGGCCUCGUUUUGAGACCGCUUUGCACGGCUGAUUUAAAUCGAGGCUUUUUUAAGGUUCUGGGUCAGCUGACUGAAACCGGAGUUGCAAGCCUGGAGCAGUUUAUCAAAACCUUUGAGCAUAUGAAGAGAUCGGGAGAUUACUACGUUACCGUUGUAGAGGACACGAAUCUUGGACAGAUUGUUGCUACAGCAACACUGGUGAUAGAACACAAGUUCACUCACUCCUGUGCAAAGAGAGGGAGGAUAGAAGAUGUCGUAGUGAGCAGGGAGUGUCGAGGGAAGCAGCUUGGUAAACUAUUAAUGUCCACCCUUACCUUGCUAAGUAAGAGACUGAACUGUUACAAAAUCACACUUGAGUGUCUGCCAAAAAAUGUGGAUUUCUACAAGAAGUUUGGUUAUUCAGUAUCGGAAGAAAACUACAUGUUUCAACGGUUCUUUAAUUAAGAACUUCUAGUCCUUUUAUUAAAGACUGUUGGUGGAGGAGCUCGUGCUACAAACAUUCUCUUUGUGGAAAAUUGAUAUAGUUUAUCACUGCAAAUAUAACGAUCCCUAUUGAUAACAAACAUGUAAGUCCUGGAAAAAAAGCUUUAGUGACAUUCUAGAAGGGUCCUUUGGGUCGGGAAAUGAGCGCUUGGAACUAAUUUUUACUACUGUUUGGUCUCAGUGAAGCUUUUCCAUUCCAGCUGGGUUACAAAGGACCCUUGUUACAGGGAUGGUUUUUAACCAAAGGUAUAUAUUUUUAUCUCAAAUCUUUUCUCGCAUUGUAUUUUUCUAAAGGGUUUGCGCUUCUUUUCUCGGUAGCCAAGGUAUGGCUCAUGGGCUUGUCCUCCGGUCUGUGCUUAAGGAAGGAUGAUGUAGCUUGGGUAGGGAUGCUUCUCCCAUGUGGAAUUAGGAAUUGAGAACGAGAGUUUGUUCUGUUCUUUCCUCAUGGAAGCACUGUUGAUGUUUGUGUGCCUAACAUUUUAUAGGCACCGUUUUCCAAAACGGGAUUUGUUACUGCUUGUGUGGGUAGGGGAGAAUCCCUGUGGGCUCUCCUAAAGCCGAUAUUCCAAGUCCCUAAAAAUGGAUGUGUAUUUCUUACUGCAGGGCUCCUGCACUUUAGCUGAUAACUUUGUUUUCAGGAUAAUGACUUGGUUUCUGACCAACUAACCCGAUGGCUUACAACGGGGCAGAGUUAACUGGGAAACUGGAAUGUCUGACAGAUGGAAUACGCCCAACUGUAGUGGGGCUUCGGCUGACACUCAGUGGGAAUGUGAUUUGGGAUGGGCAGUUUGUGCCUGUUACCCAUGAGGUACAAUCCAGACUGGUGUAAGACUGGAUAGACGUUAGCACUUUUGCCAACAACGGCAAGCGAAUCAUGUCCAAAGCCCUGGUCUCUACAGCGGCGUUUGGUGUGAAGCGCAACAAACCCUAUGUCUGCAAACGGGGCAUUAUAAACGCGUGGAGGUUUGUACAGAACAGCCAGCCAGGCGUCUUCACAGGCAGCUAGGCCUGACUGUGUCCUCUCCUUGUGGUGUGGAGAGCCCCUUUCAGCCACAGCGGGGGCUCCCUGUCACGUUCCUGAUGGUACUCCCCUCGCUGUAGCAUCUCCUUGGUCACGUCUGCUUUAUUUAUUGAUUAUUUUUUAAGAAAAACCUUUGUUUAAGCUGAAUAAAUGAAGACUGACAUGUGCCUACUCUGCUUUUUG